AUGUUUGGCUGCUUGGUCGCGGGGAGGCUGGUGAGUGGCGCCCGCGGCCGGCAGCGCAGGCCGGAGUGGGCGGGGCCCCUUGCUGCCGGGUCUCUAUGGAAACGAGGGGGGAAAGGGGGUUGCUAUGGGAACGGGAGGGCACUUGGGGUUUCUAUGGCGAGGGAUGCGGGCGCCUGGUUCCCUUGGUAACUCGUAAGGCCCAGGGGGGAUGCGCCAGGCGUUUCUCGUGGAAGUGGGUGAGGAAAUAUCUGGCGAUAUAUGUAUUUAAAUGUACUGCUUUAAGGUUUCUUUUCCAUAUAUGUUAUGCUAUAUGAGAAGAAGGAAGUCUCAGCAAAGGAAGAAUAGAUACAAAAGCUCAUGGAAUACGCAGAAAUUGCAAAACUUACCAGAAGAAUAAGAAAUUAAGAUCGCAAACUUUUUACAAAAUAAUGGAAAUGGUUUACGGAAUAUUUACAGAUAAAUUGUAAACAGAUAAAAACAUUGGCAGGAUUAUCGUAAAAACCUGCAGUUUUAUAAGAGCAUAUAUUUAAAGGAGAUGAAUAUAUGAACAAAUUAAGUUACUUUGGAAUAUGCCGAAGAUAUUAAAAGUAAAUUUAAGGAACCGCAAAAAGAGGGGGAGGGAAGUCAAUUUUUGAAAUGUCAAAAUGAUUGUAAAAUCAGUAAAAUGUAUAAACUUGAAAAGUAUAAAUAAAAAUUUAAAAAAUACAAUCAAGCAGUAUAUUACUUUUUAAAAUUAAAUUUGUAUGCCGCCCUUCAUCCACAGAUCUUACGGCAGUUCACACACAAAUACAAUAUAAAAACCACAAAAUGCAUAGUAAAAGUAAGAACAACAGCAAAGCAAUAAUCCCCUUUCCCACAGCACAUAUAAAUUUUAUGGAGUAUUUGUGUGUUUGUAUACCUCUUGAAUUUCCCCCCUCUACAUUCAUGCAGUAUAUAUAGUGGUAUAAACUAUAUACCGCUUGAUUGUAGGGGGAAAACCUCAACAGUGGUCAACAAAUGAGAUAAAACAAAGAAAGCACUUUUUUUUUAAAAAAAAGUAAGACCGUGAUUUAAAAUUUGCAGGUUAAAACUGCAGUAGACUAAAACAGAUUAAAACUAGUUGUACAAAACUAGGCCUGCCGUGUUUAAUGGAUUGCAUUAACUGAGUAAAAAUAUUUUGGUCAAUGAAAAAUGUGCUUCCAAUUAACCGGGCAGCAUAUUUUCCCCCAUUUAAAAUCGUAUUUUUAAUAAAUAAAAAACAAUAGCAACUCUCAAUGGAACCUAGGCAACAAAAAUACAAGCAAUAAAACAAUUGAAACAUCUAAAAAACAAUUCCAGUACAGAUGCAGGUUGGAAAAGAUCUGUGCUUUAAAAGCUUGCUGAAUAAGAAAGCUCUUCAGUAGGUUACAAACAGCCAGCAGAGACAGCGCCUUGCCUAAUGUUUAACAGGGAAUUCCAAAGGGUAGGUGUCAUAACCGGAAAGGUGAAAUUCCUAACUUGUGCAUAAUGGACCUCCUGCUAUGAUGGUAUGUGCAGGAGGUCCUCACCUGCAGAGAACAGAUAGGAGAAGGGUUGUUUGGCACACUGCUUUUUUUUUUUCUGCAGUCUCCAUUUCAAUGCAUUCUUCUUUUUUCCUGGAGGGAGUUUUAAUUCCGCUACAGGCUCAAAUCCAUACUUCAUUCCCUGCUCUUCUUUUGUAGGUGCAAACAGUUGCACAGCAGGUGGCAGAAGACAAGUUUGUGUUUGACUUGCCCGACUAUGACAGCAUCAACCACGUGGUGGUCUUCAUGCUGGGGACCGUUCCCUUCCCAGAGGGAAUGGGUGGAUCUGUCUACUUCUGCUACCCUGAUGAAAAUGGGAUAGCAGUGUGGCAGCUCCUGGGCUUUGUCACAAAUGAAAAACCAAGUGCCAUCUUCAAAAUUUCCAGUCUGAAAUCUGGUAAGAACAUUGAACGUAACCAUUAAAGCCUGGGAAGGGGUUUGCUGUAGAGAUAGGUGACUGGUAGCAGUGGCGUAGCGUGGGUUGUCAGUACCCGGGGCAAGGCAAGUAAUUUGCGCCCCCUAACCCGUGGAUUUUAGCACUCGAGUCUCUUCCGCACCCCCCCCCCCCGAUGUUACGCCCGGUGCUGCCGGCCCCCCCUGCACCCCCCACGCUACGCCACUGACUGGUAGCCAGAAGCAACAAUUCAACCUUCACUUUCCCUUGUGGUCCACAGCAUAGCUGUUCGUCCCACCUCUUUUCUCUGAGGCACAGGCAAUGGGCUUUUGAACCCCCUUCUUCUCUGUCCAGCUGUUGUGAUUAGCAAAAUGGACUCUAAGUUCCUUGUUUGUGCCUUGGCUCAUACAUGGGAGCCAUUGGCUGAGGCCCUCAAGGGGAGAACUGACAGGAGGGGAAGAGAGAGAGAGAUAAAAAUCCCUUUGUUUGUAUCUCACAUUCUGUGGAAGUGAGUAGAGGCAGUAUUGUUGACCUUUCAGCCUUUGCUCGUGACUGGUUUUUAUUUCUAGGUAAGCGUUUGCCUGUAGGGUGUGGGGAGUUCCUUAACCCAAGCUGCCUCACCCUACUCAAAAGUUGUUCUGUGUGACUCUGCCAGAGCUGGCGCUAAAAUCAUGUAUUCUGGGUCUGAAAGAUGCAGGAAGAGAGAACCCAGAAUCACUCACUGUGCUUCAAGCUGUCCUCCUAGUUGUCUUCUUUGGGGUAACUGGUGUGUGCCCUCUGUUCCCAGAGAGGGGUCCUUUCUUGAAGCAACCUUUUUAUGCAGCUAAGAUACUCAAAAGUAGAACUACAGUGUUGACAUCAGUGGCUAACUUAAUUCAUUUCACUUCUUAUACUCUGAGCAUGUCUUAGCUGGAUACAGCAUGCUCCGAGUAGACCAACUGAAAUGAAUUGACUUAAGUUAGCCAUUGAUGUCAGUACCGUAGAGACUAUGAUUUUGAAGCAUUAAAACGCCACUGCUUUUCUGUUGUCGGGCUGUGUUCUCUGUUUCUUGUUGACGGAGGUAGAUGCUUUGUUUAAGAAGUCUUAUGUAAAUCUGGGCUGUUUUCAGAACUGUGCUUCUACUGAGGUCAGGCCAGAUGCAUUACACCACUUGUGAUGUUGUCUCUUUUAGGGAAAGGUAGCCAUCAUCCGUUUGGAGCUAUGAAUAUCCCCCAAACGCCAUCUGUAGCCCAGAUUGGGAUUUCUGUGGAGCUGCUGGAACUCUUGGCUCAGCAAACUCCUGUAGCAAGUGCCGCUGUGUCAUCAGUCAAUUCAUUCACAGAGGUAAUGAAUAGCAAGCGAUUUUGAUUUCAGCAGUUACUGCCGGAAUAGCCUCUUCAUUAAUGGGUCCUAGAGCAUGGGACAUAAUGCCAUGAAGACAAGUGAGGCAUUAACAAAAAUUGCCUUACUCGUCAGAGCAGCAGCUUUCAAACUGUUUUCUGAGUUCCUCAGUGAAAAGAGCAAUAAUGUUCCCUGAAAGACAGCUUGAUUCUCAGUACCGAUCUUUGCUUGCAGAUGUGUAGCUUUAACAGAAUGUUGGAGCAGAACCUCCAUUUUCACAUAGUGAAUCAUAGAAUCUUAGAGUUGGAAGGGAUCCAAGGGUCAUCUAAUCCAACCCCCUGCAAUGCAAGGAAUCUCAGCUAAAGCAUCCAUGGCAGAUGGCCAUCCAGCCUCUGCUUAAAAACCUCCAAGGAAAGAGAGUCCACCACCUCUCAUGGGAGUCUGUUCCACUGCUGAACAGCUCUUCCCUGUCAGAAAGGUUUUCCUGAUGUUUAGCCGGAAUCUCCCUUCUUGUAACUUGGAAGACAUUGGUUUGAGUCCUACCCUCCAGAGCAGGAGAAAACAAGCAUGUUUGCUCUUCCAUGUGAUCCCAACAUUAACUAACUCUACACCCAUAAAAUUUCCCAUAAUGCUCUGUGGUAUGCAGGAGGUUCUUUGGCAGUCGACUCCGUGUGCAAAGGGUUCUCUAAAAGAAUUUAGAAGCACAUUUUUUAGAAGGCCAUCUGUCUAAUUCUUCUGCGGUUAUUGGCCUAGAUCCUAUAAUAAGGGAAGGGACGUCCUUAAAAGGAAAGUUUCCUUUCUCUUGCAGCUGUCCCUGAAAACCCUGUUGGGAAUGUCAGAAGGUACCUCUCUCCUGAGAUAUGGGGCAUAAAGAGCUACUGCAAGGAAUUGCUCAAAACUGGGGUCCUGCCCCCAAAACAGCUUUCCAUCUAAGAUAAUUUUCUAGGUCACUGAUAUAUUAUUAGAAAAAAAAAAAGAUUUGGGAUUAAGCCCAUUAAACACAGUGAGAUUUACUUCUGAGUAAAGGAUUAUAUAGUCAAUAGCUUUUUAAAGGCAUGUUAAUAAUUCAGCAGAGUGUUAUAUUAAGUGGGGCAUGAGCCUGCAAUGUGUAAUCAGAGUAAUUUUAGGAAAAGAUACCAAGUAGAGUAGAAACAUUUCUGGCUUAGCUUGUCCCUUACAAUAAAAACCCUUAGAUUAAAGGUAAAGGUAAAGGGACCCCUGAUCGUUAGGUCCUGUCCCGGACGACUCUGGGGUUGCGACGCUCAUCUCGCUUUACUGGUCGAGGGAGCCGGCGUACAGCUUCCGGGUCAUGUGGCCAGCAUGACUAAGCCGCCUCUGGCGAACCAGAGCAGCGCACGGAAACGGCGUUUACCUCCCUGCCAGAGCGGUACCUAUUUAUCUACUUGCACUUUGACGUGCCUUCGAACUGCUAUGUUGGCAGGAGCAGGGACUGAGCAAUGGGAGCUCAUUCCGUUGCAGGGAUUCGAACCGCCGACCUUCUGAUCAGCAAGCCCUAGGCUCUGUGGUUUAGACCACAGCGCCACCUGUGUCCCUAGGCCAUCCUUAGAUGGGCUAAUUAGACCAUACAGAGAUCCCCACCCCUGAAGAAAAUCUAUAAUUUCAAAUAUGAUGAUUAAAACGAACACAUAAACUUACCCUUUCUCUUACCACUUUGUGAACUGGUGGCAGUUUGCAAAAACAUUAUAGUACUGUGGUUGGCAACUCUGUGUACUGACAGACAACUCCCUAGAAACCCUUGGAACAGAGAGUUACCUAUUCAUCUGUUAUCUGUCUUCCCAGCUAAUACCCCUCUUUCAAUUUCUUUAUUUAUACAAGCGUUCAUAAACUGCCAACUCAUGAAAAAUAUUGUGACUGUGUAUACAAUUAAAUGAACAUAAUAAAACACAGAAGCAAUGGCCAACACUCAAUCAAAUUAAUUCCAUUAUAAUGCUUGGCAAAACAAACGUUUCCAGCAGGUGACAAAAUAUUAAAUAUUGUAGGAAACAUCCCAACUCGUGUUUCUCAAAGCGGCUUGCAAACCUAAAAACAACCUGCAGUGAUAAAAUAUUCCAUAAAACUUCUCUUAGGGAGGAACAAGUUAUUAACCCAAAGCGCUCUCUCCCCUCCCUGGCUUUUGCAACUGGUUGCAUUUGUUUCCCUGCUGACAUGUCCAGAAGCAAGUCUCCUGUUGUCCUGAAGCCUUUGCUGAGGCAGCACGAGUCAAAUGAGCAGAUCACUCUGGUACAGUAACGAGAUGCACUCCUCAUAAUAUAGUAAUAUGUUUUCAUUUGGAUCGUAUUGGUAAACAAUUGUUUAAAUGCCAAAAUAGAGCACCUAGCUAGGAUUGACUGAAAUGAUUAUGUACAUCCCUUUUUUUAAAAAAAAGUGCUUUUGUUGUUGUGUAUUUCAGUUCACUCAAAAGAUGCUAGACAAUUUUUAUAACUUCGCUUCAUCCUUCGCUGUCACGCAGGCCCAAAUGACACCCAACCCAUCGGAAGCUUUUAUUCCCGCAAAUGUAGUUUUGAAAUGGUAAGGAGAUUGCCGGGGGAGGACUGUUCCUUCACCAACACAAGGUCUUGGUAGGACUGAAUUAAUGGUGCAGUAGUAACAUUAUCCCUAACUGUAAGAGUUACCUUUUUAGUAUAGUAGUAGUUGAAUUUAUACUGUGUAUAACUAUUUCAUGUAUUUAGAUCAGGCUUAUGAAUAGUCCUUCAGCCUGGUUACCUGCAAUCAAGACCAGGAAUUUAACAAAAAGCGGACACAAUGUUUUAAAAAUUAUUUGUGAUAAAUACAAAUUAGGAUUCCUGAAGGAAUUGCAUUGCAGCCAGCAUAACUGUUCAAGAUCCAGUGGUGUUGGAGUGAAAAUCCUGGUGAUCUUCCCUUUACAGUACAUGCAAAGGAGAAGGAUAGCAUAAAACUCAGCAAAGUAGCUAGAAGACGGCUUUUAUGUGACUUUAUUUGUGCUUAUCUUUUUUCUUCUUGUAGGUACGAGAAUUUCCAAAGACGAUUAACUCAGAAUCCUUUGUUUUGGAAAACAUAA